AAGUCUUAGAAAUGCUUACGGGUACGAAACAUGGUGCAGGAGGAGGGUGGUGAGCAGAGAACGAGAGAAGGAAAUUAAUAAGAAAAGCGGAAGGAGGGACAUUAAUACAGUUUAUUUGACUGGAGAUUUCAUGGGGUCAAGAUGUUAAAAUUGAGUCUCCUGCUCCUCCUCUUCUCCCGCCCGGCCUCCUCGGUGCUGCUGGGAUGGGUGGAGUCUCCAGGUUAUCCCAACGGAUACAAGUCCCCCGAUGAUCUAAACUGGACCAGGUGCGCCCCCAAAGGUCACACGCUGUCCAUCAGGCUGGUCCACCUGGACCUGGAGGACAGCCGGGACUGUGAAAACGAUGGAGUGAAGGUCUUUUCAGAUGGAAACCUCAUUUCUGUUCUGUGUGGCAAAAAGGAAUUUGAGGAGCUUCAGUCCAGCGUCAACCCCCAGCUCGUCUCCGCUUCGGGCGGCUGCCUCUCGCUCUUUUUCUAUUCCGACUUCUCCAACACUAAGCGACACACCGGCUUCAGGGGCUUUUACACUGUGCAAGACUACGACGAAUGUGAGGAUGACGCAGACAGCGGAUGCACCCAGUUCUGCCACAAUUUCAUCGGCGGGUACAAAUGCUCGUGUCGUCAUGGUUACCACCUGGACGCAAACAAGCGCACUUGCACAGUGAGCUGUUCUGAGGAUCUGUCCGGGAGGAACGAAGGCAACGUGUCCAGUCCGUCCUGGCCCGGUCCGUAUGCGGAGAACGCCAACUGCCAGCACACCCUGUCUGUGGAGGCCCACCUGCAGCUGGAGCUGCACUUCACGGGGGUUUUCGACGUGGAGCAAAGCACUGAUGGCCAGUGCAUAGACGCACUGAGGGUGGAGACGCCCUCCAGGACUCUGGGACCGUUCUGUGGUCACUCGCCUCCCCCGUCUCCCUUCCUCACCCACUCACACCACGUCAAAAUACGCUUCACCUCUGACGGAUACGGCACAAACAAAGGCUUCAGCCUCCGCUUCCAGACCAGAGACAAAGUCUGUCCGACAGAGGCAACUGCACACUCCACCCUGAGUCCCCACAAACCAGAAUACCAGCAGGGAGACAAAGCGACUGUAACCUGUGACCUUGGCUUUGUUGCCAAUAGCCUCAUCAGCAUGUUGACACAGUAUGAAACCACCUGCCAGAGCACAGGCGUGUGGGCGCCCCUCUACCCGUGUAACCCGGUGGAUUGUGGUUCUCCUGAUGUCCCAAAGGACGCUGUUCUUCAAUUGGUGGAUUCAGAAAACGCACACACUGAGUACAAAGACCGGGUCCAGUUUAACUGCAGCUCCGAUUACUACACGCUGGAAGGAGAUGACACAUACACUUGCAGCGCCGAUGGUGAGUGGGUGUCAGACAACGGCAGGACAGAGAUGCCAAAGUGCACUCCAGUUUGCGGCAUGACUAAAGGAAGCGCAGCUCUGGGGAAGAUCUUGGGAGGCGUGAACGCACGGCUGGGAGAAAUACCCUGGCAUCUUUUGAUAAAGGUGCCGAAGAGGGGAGGAGCGACGCUGAUCGGGGACCGAUGGGCCGUGACAGCGGCACAUGUGGUGGAGGGGGUGGGGGAGACCUCACUGGUGCUGUACGGUGGACUGGUCGAUGGAAGGACCGCAGAAGCGCAGUCACGGCCACCCAGUGUGACCGCCAUGCACAGUGAACGCAUCAUCAUCCACCCCGGAUACAGCCAGAACAUCCCUGACAACCAGCGCACCACUUACGACAACGACAUCGCUCUCAUCAGAUUCAGGUCCAGGGUGGAUUUCGGGCCAAACCUGCGUCCUGCUUGCCUCCCAGCGCGGAACAGCGACUUGAUGGAAAGCGAACAAGGCACAGUUUCUGGAUGGGGUUUGACAGAAGUUCGUAGUGAUAGAAACAGGCUGGUCACAUCUCACAUGCAAAAAUACGCCGAUAUCGGGGUCUUUUCCCGCGCAGAGUGUGAGAAUACGCCUUCAAACCCGGCCAAAAAGCGCAUGAGCUACACUCACAACAUGUUCUGUGCCGGAAAAGAAGGGAAGGACAGCUGCCAGCAGGACAGCGGGGGGCCGUUCACCACACCGGUGCUCUCUGCGAGGGGGGGCCCUUAUUCUCUGAUGGGCAUCGUGUCCUGGGGACCCCCCUGUGGUGAGAGGAAGUACAAGGGCUACUACACCAAGGUGAAGAAUUAUGUUGACUGGAUUAAAGAGACAAUAAAUAAAGUGGAAACAUCUCAGGGAUAGGGAAUGUGUUGCUGUUACUGCUAACCACGAUCAUCCAUCUCAGGAAUGAUUUAAAUCAAUAAAAUAAUCACCCUGUUCUGUACCAGAAGUCAUGAAAACAGUGUGCAGGCGAUUUUACACAUAUCUUUUCUAUUAAAGGAACUGUUUGCAAAUGA